AUGGCUGUGGCUUAUGGGCCAGUAAUCCAAGAACAGCUCUCUGUAACAAACUCAACCAACCCCGCUGCUAGUAAUUCUCAGCCUCCCCGAAAUGGCCAUGCAGCUCAUGUUUCAUCGGAGGCUUUUCAGGGCGCCUCAAAUACUGAGCGAGCGCCAAAGGGAUCCACCGUCUCGAACGCUGUAGAUCUGAUUGAAUUGAGCGCUUCACAACAAGACCCAACGCUUUCCAAUAGAAACCAAACCCGGAGCGAGACGUCCCCAUCUCCGUCCCCAACACAUAUUCGGCAAUCCGGUCAACAACUCCCCUCCUCACUUCCGGGCCUCACGCCGGACGUCGCCAGAAUAUCUAAUAGCGACAAUGAGACUACCCCUGGCGGUGGUCCCUCUUUGUCAUCUUUGCACCAGAUUCUGAUAGAGGUUCGGAAAGAUUUGGCAAUCCACAACACGAAGAUUUCGGCUCUUCAGGAGGACGUAACAUUGACAAUUCAUCAUCAACGCGAGAUACUCGAAAUUCUUGAGACCAACAACCAACCUUGCACCAAAUCUUCCUCACAGCAACCCCAAACCAAUACUGUAAUUAAAAAGGUAUCUCGGACUGGAAGGAUCAAACAACUUAUCCAAAUGCACUAUGAAGCGCUGUUUGGCUUGCCCACGGGUUCCGAUCUGCCCCCUUCUCCCCCUUCUAGUCGGGAGAAAAGACUCUGGCUAAGAAACGAAGGGUCUGAGGACGAAACAGACUGCGAAUCAAUAGAAAGUGGCGCUAGUUAUGCUGACUGCAACAAAACAGACGAUGACCCUGAAGACGAUCAAUACCCUUAUUCUGGAGGCCCUGGACACCCACAUGCAUCGCAAGAGAUAUUGAAGAUAAUGCACGAUAUGUUGAAAGAAGUAAAAAUGCCGAGAUUUCGUUUCGACCUUACAUUGAAGUUAUCUCAUGGCGAUAACAAGCACUGCGUGUCCGUGGCUCGAGAUAUUUUUGUACGUCUCGUUCAGUGUGGAGAAUACGACGGUCUGAAGCCUGAGGAAAAAGACCCCGACGCCAUUUUACUCCUCCUCACGAACUAUGCCAAGGAACGCUAUUUUCGAAAGAACAAUGAGAAAAUGUGGCCUCCUGAAAAGCAGAUGGAACGAGCCAAAAGUCAGCUGAGGAUGGCACGGAGAAGAAAUCUGAUAAAGGCACGAGAAGAAACUGCCUUGGAAAUUGGAGGUUUGGCCAAAUUCCGGCCAAUGAUUGCAAAAUGUACCAGUGAUGAUGAGACAGACAACGAAGUUCCAGUGGCCAGUACAUCGAAACCAGUACAUCCAAACCAAUCGCUUAAAUUUUGCAAAGUUCGACGGUUAGUUUGGCGGAGCAAAGAAUUGACCCAAGCAAUGAUCUUGUUGGAUGAAUACCGAGAACAAAAACUUGCCGGAAUAGCCAGAAAACACUCCGGAAACAAGCCCCGGCUUCGAAGGCGACCUCUGAACCCAGUAGACAGCACACUUGACCCACCCAAGGCUGGAGCAAAAGAUGUUUAUGACGAAAACUGGCUCAAGUCCCAAACUCGCCUGACUACUCAAGCCCUUCAAAUAGACUCCAAAUUAGUAAUGCCAAAAACAUUACAGAAAUUGAAACAAGUGUGCUAA